AUAGAAAUUCCAGUAAUUGAAGAACCGCCUGGCCGAACGGACGUGUACCCACUGGCCGAAGAAGAAGUAGCAGAAAAAGCAGCAGCUGAAGUACCUAAACUGGAUAAAAUUACCUGCGCAGUGGAAAAGGAAAAAGACAAAAGUGAAAUCAAACGGAAAUAUGAGUGAAAAUAGCACGGAUGAUAAAUCCGUUCGGAUGGAGAUCAUUGUGUUUGGGGUGCUGCUGGGCAUUAUCGUGAUUAUCGUGUCUCUGAUUUGUCAUCGUCGGAAUGCGCGGCUGUUUGGGCGCACGCCGCCCGGACCGUGGGGCCUGCCGCUGCUGGGCUAUUUACCGUUCCUGGACAGGCGGGCGCCGCACAAGUCGCUGCAGGCGCUGGCCAAACGCUUUGGCGGCAUCUUUCAGCUGAGCAUGGGCUCGGUGCGCACGGUGGUGCUCUCGGAUGCGGUGCUGGUGCGCGAAUUCCUGCGCCACGAGGAGCUGACGGCGCGUGCUCCGCUCUAUUUGACGCACGGCAUCAUGGGUGGCUAUGGCAUCAUUGGCGCUGGCGGGGACAUCUGGAAAUACCAGCGUCGCCAGCUUAUCGAGUGGCUUAAGGCGCUGGGCAUGACGCGCAAACAGUGCGAGACGCGUGCACAGCUGGAGCAGCGCAUCGGUCGCGGCGUCGACGAGUGCGUCCAGUCGUACGAGACGGAAGCGCAGGAAGCCGAUGGGCUGGAUCCGCUGCCCGCGCUGCAGCACACGUUGGGCAACAUCAUCAACGAUCUGGUCUUUGGCGAGACCUAUGAGCGCCAGGAUCCCAACUGGCUGUAUUUGCAGCAGCUGCAGGAGGAGGGCGUCAAGCUGAUUGGCGUCUCGGGCAUGGUCAACUUUUUGCCCUGGCUGCGCUAUUUGCCGGGCAACAAGCGCAGCAUUCGCUUUCUGCUGGACGGCAAGGCCAAGACCCAUCAGCUUUACGAUCGCAUUGUCGAGCGCUGCGAGAAGCAGCUGGAGCUGCAGCUGGAGCAGCAGCAGCAAAAGCAGCAGCAGCCGCUGCCGCCGCGCAGCAUCCUGGAGCAUUUCCUGGGCGAACGCCAGCCGUUCUCGCAGCUCUAUUGCGAUGACCAGCUGCGUCAUCUGCUGGCCGAUCUCUUUGGCGCCGGCGUCGACACAGCGCUGGCCACGCUGCGCUGGUUCCUGCUCUAUAUGGCGCGCGAGCAGCGCUGCCAGAAGCGUCUGCAGGCGGAACUGCUGCAGCUUGGCGAGACGCCCACGCUGGCCGAGCUCGAGCCGAUCGCGUACCUGCGCGCCUGCCUGUCCGAGGUGCAGCGCAUCAGGUCUGUGGUGCCGCUGGGCAUACCGCACGGCGUCGAUGAGGACACAGUUGUGGGCGACUAUCGCUUGGAGAAGGGCAGCAUGAUACUCAUACUGCAGUGGGCCAUACACAUGAAUCCGGAGGUCUGGCCGGCGCCCGAGAAGUUCCGUCCGGAGCGCUUUCUCAAUGCCAGCGGCGAGUACGCGGCGCCGGCACAGUUCAUACCCUUCCAGACGGGCAAGCGCAUGUGUCCCGGCGAUGAGCUGGCUCGCAUGAUGCUCACCCUCUUCACCGGGCGCAUUCUGCGUCGCUUUCACGUCCAGCUGCCCGCCGGCGAGGAGGGCGACGUGGACAUGGCCGGCGAGUGCGGCAUCACCUUGUCGCCGGCGCACUACAAGCUGCGCUUAACUAAAUUGGAGCAGCUGCAGAAAAACGAUUAGAUUUUGGGCUACUUCUCUUUGAAUUUUCAUUUAUUUGCAUUUCAUUUUCUUUUUAAGGGUUUUUUUUUUAUAAAUCUUUUAUAAUUAACAAUUUGGCUAGUUUUUUUUUAUGUAAAUAACUAGGAAAAGUUGAAAGUUUUCGAGAAAAAAAAAAGGAAUAUAAAUAAUAGCCUUUGCAUAAAAUUAACAACACUUUAGGCAAAAUAUUAAUUUGUUUAAAGUUAUUUUUAGAUUAAUUAAAAUUAUUUUUUGUAUCAAGCGGUGUUUGUAAAAUUCUUUUUCAUUAAAUUAUAUUCCAACAUAUAUAAAUAUAUAUAUAUAUUUUUUUUAUGAUUUUUUUUGUCAACAAAAAAAGAAAAUAUACAAACUUUUCAAGCGCAUGCUUUCUUUUUUUUGAUAUGCAUAUUAAAAACAAAUCAAAUGUUUUCUUUUAUUAAUUCGUUUAUUAUUUGAAUUUCAGAAAUUGUUUUUGCCUAUGUUUUGUGUGUUGUGUGCAUAAAACUAAACCACAGUUUGUUUUGUUGUUUGUUGUCUUAAGGCUAAAUAUGAAAUUAACAAAAACAUCAACUAGCUAAUUAAGGCUAAGACAAAAAAAUUUUCAUAUAUAUAU